AUGAUUGAGGAGAAAGUGCGCCUUCACAUUACACCGUUCUCCAAGGAUUUGGCUCAGUCUAUCGUAUCCGCACAAUCGAGCGUCGCGGCCGAGAGCAUAUCUUAUCAUACGCUUGACACCUUCCCCGAGCACAGUUACGGCUAUAUCGAGCUCCCGACCAUGGAGGCCGAAAAGCUGAAGAAGAAGCUCAAUGGAUCAAUACUGAAGGGCAAGAAACUACGAAUUGAACAUGCUCGUCCGCAAAAGCGGCGCUUCGAGCGCGAACAGGGAGAGGAAGGGCGUAUUUCGCCUGUAGGGGAGGAAUGUAGGCUGUCAAAGAAACCCAGAAAGUCAGUAUCAGAGCUGCAGGGCCACGAGCUUGCACCGGAGAGAAAGGUAAAGAGGGGUUGGACUGAACCUGAAAAGGGAAAUCGAAUGGGCACCUCGAAAUCCCGUUCGGCGUCUCGUGUGACUUCCAAAUAUACAGACAAACCUGAGUGCAUGUUCCGUGUCCAACUGUCUCAACACAAGAAAAUCGAAACAACUGGCUUGAGCACAACUAGGACGGACAAAGACAUGAAGAAGGGAAAGAAAGCUACGGUUAUCCAUGAAUUUGAGAAGUCUGUGAUACAACCGUCAUUUAUAAGGAGUAACGUAGCUACUGGGAAUGCUGGGGUUGCCGCGGAGUACAUCAAGGGCAAGGGUUGGGUCGACACAAAUGGCAAUAUCCUUGAAGAAAGCACAAGACAGCUGCGAAGUAGAAGUCGCACUGAUCAGUCUCAACGCAUGUACGAGGCUUCAGAAACCAAGGUCGUGAGGGAAAUUCAAGCCCCUUUGAGCAUUGAGCAGGGUUCACAGAGCGAAAUUGAUAGAAGCUGUGGCCAACCCAAGCAGACGUCGACGACGACACGGAAAGACCAAGUCUCAAGCGGUCACAAGAAUGCUGUGAAAGAAGUCUUGGACGAAGAAACAUCGUCAUCAGGUACAUCCUCCUCCGAUUCAGAAUCGUCGUUCGCAAGCGACGAAGGGCUCGCGCAAGAGGCAGAGCAGGAGCUUGCUUCAAAGUUAGAUGAAGCGGAAGCUGAGCACCCUCGAAUGUCCAAGGAUGCUUCAGAGGCAACUCCAACACCAAGCGCUGCCGUUCAUCCCCUUGAAGCACUGUUCAAGCGACCCGAUCAAGCAGCUUCUCAGGCACGUGGCAGACGUCCGCUAGAGAUAAAGACCAGUUUCAAUUUCUUUGAGCCUGACGAUGAGCAAACAGUACCUCAGACACCUUUCACAACCCGUGAUCUUCAAUUGAGAGGACUUCGGAGCGCAGCACCCACUCCGGACACAGCGCUGCCCACGCGUCGGUUCUUCUCAGAAUCGAUGUCUCCGAGCAGCGAAGCUGGCAAUGAUGAUCGAGCAAACACAGAAGGACGAUCUGGUGAGAAAGUGGAAUCGGAUGACUCCAGGGUGAAUGAGGGGGAAAGUGGAUUUGCCAAGUGGUUCUGGGAGCAUCGAGGAGAGAACAAUCGAGCCUGGAAACGGCGCAGAAGGGAGGCCUUGAAAGAAAAGCGCCAGAAGGAAAAUAGGCAGAGAGGUCGCAGGAGUGGCUGA